GCUCUUGUUUGUGUUGGUUGCAAGUAAUUCUUAACCGUUUUGUGGUGAAGCUCUUGAGUUGAUUCCGUCUAUCCUACAGUACACUACAUGUUGUGGGGCCGAUGGGGUACGCCGCAGCUUAAUGAAGAGCAGUUCGUUUCGGUAUUAAUUCAUAGCAAUUUAAUUUCUGGUUUUUAACAUAAGCGAUGGCUGUUAACGGAUAUGUUCUCAGUAAUAUUCAACCGUCACCUCUCGUGCAGCGUAGGCUUCAGAAUAAUAAGCAGUAAUUGUAUUCGUCUUUCACCACUGCUUUUUUGUCCUCAUCCAGUACGCGUUUUUAUUUUUUCGCCUUAGAUGGAGUUGAAAAUGGAAAAGGAAAUGAAUCUGAUCUUUGUUGUUGCCUCCUGUUUGGCUUCCUGAUAUUUUAGGUUUUUGGACUACAUUUCUGUUUCAUUCCUGACUGUGAAUCAGUCUUUACUGGACCAAGAAGUGACCGUUUUCAGUUGAAAUGUGCUUGGUUUUUGAGAAAUUUGCCUUCCGCCAUUUUUUAAAAAGAAUUGGCGUGGAAAGAAUAACUUCACCGUCCAGUCGUGUUUUUAUAAAUGGUCUUCUAGUCUGUCUAAGCUAUACACAGACUUGUUUGUAACUGAAGCAGUGUUGACUAACCCAGGUGAUGUCACAGGAGUGGGUGUACUUUGAAAUCAGUAUCGGGACUGCUUUAAAAGGAUGUCGGGGAAGGUACACACCUCUGUCUAGUUUUUGCCUCAGACUUGAUUCGAACAAAAACUUUCGUACAGACGUGACUUCAGAGCUUUGCUGAUUCCACUUCGCCGCCCUCCUCUGCCCUGCCCCACUUCAUGUGCCCUGAGCUUCUCUUGCACCUGACAGAAGGGUGUCCCACUGAGGGACCGUGUCACAUCAGGAACCGCCCAACCUCCCCCCUCCCUCCCCCGUCUCAGUGACCUCCACCCUCUCUGAUGGAUCGUCGGCUGGCCUCCCUUCUGCUCACCACACUGCUCGCCAUCCUGAUCUCUGAGGUGACGACGUCCCGAGGAGAGAAGGUCUACACUAAUACAUGGGCUGUCCACAUCACCGGGGGAGAGGAGGAAGCCAAUCGGAUAGCCAAGAAGCAUAACUUCAUUAAUCACGGCAAUAUAUUUGGAGAUUACUAUCAUUUCCGGCACCGCAGGAUGGUGAAGAGGUCUUUAUCGGCACACAGAGGAACACACAUUCGCCUACAUGGAGAGCCCCAGGUGACAUGGGCAGAACAGCAGGUGGUGAAGCAGAGGAAGAAGAGAGAUAUUUACUCUGAGCCAGCUGACCCCAAGUUUGCAGAGCAGUGGUACCUGUAUAAUAGUAAGCAUCGUGACCUCAAUGUGAAGGAGGCCUGGAAGCAGGGUGUUACUGGUCAGGGGGUGGUGGUGUCCAUAUUAGAUGAUGGAAUUGAGAAGAACCAUCCGGACCUUGAGCACAAUUACGAUCCGGAUGCCAGCUAUGAUGUGAAUGACGGGGACCCAGACCCACAGCCUAGAUAUACACAGCUUAAUGAUAACAGGCACGGGACACGCUGUGCUGGAGAGGUAGCGGCUGUAGCCAACAACGACAUCUGUGGUGUCGGGGUGGCCUACAAUGCCAAAAUCGGAGGCGUGAGGAUGUUGGAUGGCGAGGUGACGGAUGUGGUGGAGGCCCAGUCUCUAAGUCUCAACCCUCAGCACAUCGACAUCUACAGUGCCAGCUGGGGACCCGAGGAUGACGGCAAGACUGUGGACGGACCCGCCAAGCUGGCCAAAGAGGCCUUUCUGCGAGGGGUGACUGAGGGUCGUGGCGGCCUUGGCUCCAUCUUCGUCUGGGCGUCGGGGAACGGUGGGCGGGAGAAGGACAGCUGCAACUGUGACGGCUACACCAACAGCAUCUUCACGCUGUCCAUCAGCAGCACCACGCAGUGCGGCAUGGUACCGUGGUACAGCGAAGCAUGUUCUUCCACCCUGGCCACCACCUACAGCAGCGGAGGCUCCAACGAGAAACAGAUCAUCACUACAGAUCUCAGGCAGAAGUGCACGGACUUCCACACGGGCACAUCAGCAUCAGCUCCUCUGGCUGCUGGCAUAAUAGCCCUCGCCUUGGAGGCCAACAAAAACCUGACAUGGAGGGACAUGCAGCACCUGGUAGUGAGGACAUCUAACCCCGCCCACCUGCUCACAGACGACUGGAAGACCAAUGGGGUUGGCCGCAAAGUAAGCCACUCAUAUGGUUAUGGCCUGCUGGAUGCUGCUGCCAUCGUGGCCCUGGCCCAGAACUGGACCAACGUGGGCCCUCAGCAGAAGUGUGUCCUCUCCAUGGUGUCUGAACCCAGGAACAUUGCCAACCACUUGGUGAUCUCCAAGAGCGUGGAUGCAUGCCAGGGGCAGCCCAAUUUUGUGAGCUCUCUGGAGCACGCUCAAGCCCGGCUAACCCUGUCUUACAACCGGCGGGGAAACCUUGCCAUCUACCUGAUCAGCCCACAGGGCACCAGAUCGACUCUGCUUGCUCCUAGACCUCAUGACUAUUCCUCUGAAGGCUUCAAUGACUGGGCCUUCAUGACCACCCACUCCUGGGACGAAGACCCUCGUGGCGAGUGGACACUGGAGAUGGAGAACGUGGAGGGAGCCAGCGACUACGGCACUCUGACUCAGUUCACGUUGGUUCUCUACGGCACUGCUGCUGGCUCUUCUACACCAGACUCCAGCCAGCCUCCUGAUGAUGGUUGCAAGACCUAUGACCUCAGUCAGAUCUGCACAGAAUGCAACCCAGGCUUCUACCUGUUCCAGAAGGGCUGUGUGCGAGAGUGUCCAGAAGGCUUCACUCCAGCCACCCGCACUUCCUUCUCUACCAAUGAAGUGAUUCCGCUCCAGUACGCGGCCUGCCAGCCCUGCCAUGUGCUCUGCCUCACCUGCAGGGGCACUGGCCCUCAGGACUGCCUCAGCUGCCCGCCACACCGCCACCUGGACCCGGUCACUAAUACCUGCCUGCACCAGAACCAAAUCCAGCGCGAGUCACCCGACAGCAACCCAUACCAGCAGGUCUCUGGAGGCUCGUCCUGGGUCAUGGGCCUGGAGCUCUCCUCCAGCCUGCCCGCCACCGUGGCAGUGCUCAGCUGUGCCUUCAUUGCCGCCACCUUCGUGGCUGUGUUCGGCCUGCUCCAGCUGCGCUCCCACAACCUGACCAAGGUGUAUUCACCAGAGGCGGGCCCAGUCUCACUCAUGCGCACCGGCUUCGGCCUGGGCCUUGGCCGGAGAGGAGUCGUGUCCUAUAAGGGCAUCCCCACCGUGUGGCAGGAGGAUGGCGCCAACUCCGAAUCCGAGAAUGAUGAGUUCGAUAUCCACGAGAGAACUGCCUUUAUCAAAACACAAAGUGCCCUUUAACCCUUUCCCACCCAGUUGGGGCCCCCGAGGCGUCAACCAUUAUGGCCCUCACCUCAUUUCUUUUGAUGGCCACUGUCAUGUUUUCUUUCACGGGUUCCUUUCCUCUCCUGCUUCUCUUGGAGUUCAGUCCUGCUGUUUAUUUAUCUUAGUUCUUAUAGCGGCGAGCUAGAAGGCCGGGACCACCCUGAGCAUACCUGUCUGAUCCACCUUUCCCAUUUACCUGGCCUGCUCGCACAUCUGUGCCUCUGUAUGAAAGCCUCCAACACCAAAUGGCUGGAAAGUGUUCAAGAACAGUUAAUUGGUCCAGGUUGCCAGCAGGGUUCUCCAAAACCACAAUAAAAACAUGAUUGUUAUUUAGCCUCUCCCUCUUCAUUUCAGUCCCAUCUCCAAAUGCCUAAUGAGAUUUAAGGGGAAAAAAAACAACUAUGUAAUUUGUAUAUGUGAUGCAUCAAAGAUGGGUUAAGUACUUAAUCACGACUGAUUCAUUUAGUGGGAAGUGAAUCACUAUGGAAGAACUUGCUGAAUCUUGCCUAUGCUGGGGGCCUUUCAUUAAUUUCCUUUUUUUUGGGGGGGAUUUGAGGUUUGGAGUCAUGAGGCUGGCAUGUGUUUCUGUUUGUCUUUCUCACACACGCACACAUUUACCGUGCAGACCCUGAGCAUGAUGCUCCCACAGAGCAUUUUAAAAACACUGAACUCAUGUGAUGUUUUUUUUCUCUAUUUGUUUACUAAAGGCAGUUUAAACUGCAGUAACCUUGAGUGCUCUCCUCCUCCCUUCCUCUCCCUCUCUGUCUUUCUCCCCCCCCAUUUGUCCAUCUCUCUCCAUCUUGCCCUGUCUGACUUUCUCUGGCUCCCUGUAGGGGAGUUGUCCAUACUCACUGGCAGCUUCUCUGAGCCAGUUCUACAGUGUUUGCACCGAGCAGAACACUCUUGCUUUCUUUUGCAGUUAAGGCUUUGGAAAAACACUAGUGGAGCUUCUCACUGUUGCUCUUGGAGAAGCCUUGAAAUUAUCGAGAUGAGGCAUUCACAUUUCUUUCUUCUCAUCUUUAUAUCACAUGUAGAUAAUGUGACAUGUUUUUUAGCAAUGUAAAAGUGGCUUUUUGAAAAUGAAACUACAAGGGCUCAAGUGAACCUAUGAACAUUUUAAUGCAGCUAUUAGGUGAAUGAGGCAGGGAUUCAGAAAAGAUUUAUUCUUUGACCUGGCUGGAUCAGUAAAGAAUUAGAAUGUCAGGUUAAUAUUCAUCAUCUCUUAUUUCAGUUCACAAUGGUGUCCAUUGUCAAAUCCAUAAAUAUUUUUGAACAUGGAGGUUUUUUUAAAUCACAUUAGUCUCUCAUUUUCUGUCCGUACAUAAAUAAUUGUUGUAUCAUGGGGUUCCAUCAGAGUUUAUAGGGAGUUCUUUUUAUAAAACAAUGUCUGAGGGGAUGGUUUGGAAGUGAAUUGAAAGAAAACCAUUGCUCUUUUCUGCUCUCUGAAAUUCUAAACACAUUUUCAUAUUUUCAGUAGUAACAAAUAGCAGGUGUUUUUACUUUUUUUGUUUAAAUACAAGUGACAUGACACUAAGAACAAGCUGCACAUCUCCCAUUUUACUAGUGCAGUAUGGAAGACUGCACUCAAGAAAGCAUGUUAUUUCAGUCAUAGUUUGACUGUUGCCAAAACACUGUCGCUUCCAAAGUCUGCUGUGGAUAUUUAUACACUAUUAAAUUCAUAGAGCUGCAAUGUUUGUAAAUGAGUGUCUGCUCUGGGCCCAGUCUAUGGCAUACUGAGGGGCAAUCUUGUAAGAAGCAUUGGCAUUGCUCAAUUAUUUUUUUGUUUGUUUGUUUUUGUUUAGUUUUUUGGUCAUAAUUAUUACUUUAUUUAUUGUUUCUUGGGUUGUGCACUCAACCUUCAUUGUAGUGCAAGGUUGUUUGAGCAAUAGGUUGUCUCUCCAAUUACAAAUCUAAUGAGUUUUAUGUCGGUGAAAUAUCUUUUAUCAGCAUAAGUUAUGCUGUAUAAUAUCGUUUUAGGGAAUAAGAUCUUCCCUGUUUUUAAAUCUUUAAUUAAACUCUGUCUUGAG